AUGGCGCUGGAGAACUCGGUCUUCCCCUCGUGCCCAGAUUCUCUCUCACUCCCUGUGGAGGAGAAGGUGGAAGGAGAAGAAGUUGAGGUGGCCACUGAGGCCACCGCCUCCACCGGAGUCUUCAACCUAUUGGGGGAGCUGGGCCACGUUGUCACCACGGAGACAGCACCGUCACCUCCACCCUUAGCCAAGGUGAACAGGUCUUUCCAGGCCAAGCUGGCUGAGCGGGAAGCCCAAGCCAAUGAGCCCAGGAAGAAGACCCAGGGGACGGAGAAGGAGAGGGGACGAUUCGGCUGGGUUCGGACUCGGCGUAAGAGACAGCGCUAUGUGGAGAAGAAUGGCCGCUGCAACGUGCAACACGGUAACAUGCGGGAAACUUAUCGCUUCCUGACUGACAUCUUCACCACGCUGGUGGACCUCAACUGGCGCUGCUCGCUCUUUGUCUUCGUCAUGGCCUACGCCGGCACGUGGCUCUUCUUCGGGGCCAUCUGGUACCUCAUAGCCUACUGUAGGGGGGAUCUGGACCAUCUGGAGGAUGAGACGUGGACGCCAUGCGUUAACAAUGUCAAUGGCUUCAUCUCGGCCUUCCUCUUCUCCAUCGAGACGGAGACCACCAUUGGCUACGGCCACCGCGUCAUCACAGACCAGUGUCCAGUUGGCACCAUGCUGCUGCUGCUGCAGGCCAUCCUGGGCUCAAUGGUCAACGCCUUCAUGGUCGGCUGUAUGUUUGUGAAGAUCUCACAGCCCAACAAACGGGCCGAGACGCUGGUGUUCUCCAAACACGCCGUCAUCUCUCUGAGAGACGACAAGCUAUGUCUGAUGUUCAGGGUGGGCGACCUGCGGAGCUCCCACAUCGUCGGGGCCAACAUGAGGGCCAAGCUCAUCAAGUCUAAACAGACCCAGGAGGGUGAGUUCAUCCCUCUGGACCAGACAGACAUAAGCGUGGGCUUUGAGACGGGCGACGACCGUCUCUUCCUGGUCUCUCCGCUGGUCAUCUCCCACGAGAUUGACGUCCAUUCUCCCUUCUGGGACAUGUCGCAGGCCCAGCUGGAGAAAGAGGACUUUGAGAUCGUGGUCAUCUUGGAGGGAAUGGUGGAGGCAACCGGGAUGACGUGCCAGGCGAGGAGCUCCUAUCUAGCCGAGGAGGUGUUGUGGGGUCACAGGUUUAGUCCCAUGAUGUCGCUGGCGGAGGGCUUCUUUGACAUUGACUACGGAGCAUUUCAUCACACGUUUGAGGUGGUCUCACCUUCCUGCUCAGCACGAGAGCUGUCAUUGGCUGCGGCCAGACUUGAUGCUCACAUCUAUUGGUCCAUAUCCAGCAGGCUGGACGAAGAGCCCACCCUGACCAACCAGGCGGCCAAGCAGCCAGACAGUGGCAAAGGAGGGGAGCCCACCUUCAUUGUGGGAGAGAUGACGGACAUCCAGGAGCAGACAGGACUGGGCGAGCUGAACGGCAGCGUCGCCACCGACCUAUCCGAAUCAGAGGCCUAGAACACAGAAUGUUCACAGAGACCUUCAGUAUAUCGCCCUCUCACCAAAAUAAGUUUGCAAAUCUUUUCUUUUAGGGCAAAUGAGUAGUUUCAUUAGGCCCAGUUCUACAGCGUGUGCCAUAUAUUGUGUUACCAUAUGAGAGUUAAUUUCUGGAGAUUUUUCUGUCUUUAUCUCUAUGUUUAUUUGUUACAAGUGUACUGUAUGUGUGCUAUCUUUUAGCAUUGUCUCGUUAGCUCACCCUUGCCUAUAUUUACAUUUAAAUGACAACACAAUGCUUCAGGUGGGGUCAACAAUAAUAAAUGAUAAUAUAUACAUAUUGUGUAGAAACCUCAAAUUUAAUUAAAUGCAAAGAUUGUUAUGAGAUUUAUAGAAAAUCAUGCAGGUGUUAACAGAGUGGGAAGGUAACACCCAGUAUAUUUAUACUCUGCUAGAAACUUCAUUUGGCUACAGAUCAUCAUGCGGUGCUAGCAACGUGUCUGAAAUAUAUAUUUGACUGACAAAAGAUGAUAAAAGUGGCCAGUGGACAACAAAGCCAAUCCUAUCUCACUCCCAACUCGUCAAAUACGCAAAUAUCACCCUUUAGCACCUGAAUGAGACGCACAAGGCAGAGCAGCAGCUCGACCACGGCUCGACCGCGGCGCUGUAAGAUGACGCAGUAUGAAGAGCACAGGACUUUCACCGAAGAGACCGUGGUUCAUGUCCCGUUCCUGUCCUGCUUAACACUGAGACAUACAAUUUGUAACUCCACCCACAAUCUUUCCAUAAACACUAACUGUCCCAUUCUUGUGCUGCAUGUCAGUUAAACGUACAUUUUUUAAAUGACACCAAAUUGGUCUCGACCCAGAGCGUCAAAAAGUGACGGCAAGAUUCCAAAUCAAGCAUGAGUUAUUUGAAAGACCCACUGUGUCUGACUGUGACACUAAAGGAGACUUUUUGCGUCAGUAACAAAUGCCAAGUCACCUGGCCAAGCGUCCCUUUCAUGACGUGCUGGGAGUGAGAAUGGGUUUCCUGGCCUGGGCGUAUGAUCUCUUAUCUUCUGUAGGCACAGAGUAUUGUUUGUUUGUUUGUUUGUUAAAGAGUAACUUCUGGCUGAAAAGCAGUGUUUUGCUGCCCUCUCCGGUUGAAAGUUUCAUGUUUAAACCUUCUGAACACACCCCAACAGUGAUGUCACUGGUUCCCUAAGUACACCUGUACAUCACUGCAGCGAGGUGAUCAAUCAAACCGCUGGAGGUCAGCAAAAAUGAGAUUAGUUACUCUUCAACAACACCCGUGUGAUUUAGCUGACAUUCCUAACUGCACACUCACAUCAUGGUGACUAGAGUAUCUAACACCUUUAACAUAGAGACAGGUUAACACUCGAGCGUGUCCGUGGCUUCGUUUCAUACCACGUGUGUAGCACAAGGAUGAUCUAUGUUUCCUUCCCAGCCAAGUAGAAAUGAAAAGCACAACAGUGUCCUGCUCAGUUCAGCCCAGAGUCCUGCUUCUGCUGCUGUGUACAAUGUAUAUGUGGCCAUUUUUACUUGAUGUUUUUACUAUGUAAUAUAACACAUCUAUUAGAAUUAAUAAACUGCAGUAUAUUCCAGAA